AUGGCCGACAGCAGAACCAUGAACCCGCCGCAACAGUCAGCAGAGGAAUGGGCAGCGGCCUUCCAAGCUAAGUUCGAAGCCAUAUGCAAACUUACCUCCAGCACCGAAACUAGCCACAAGAGCAGAGCGGCAACCAACAACCCCUCACAUGCGGCCGAGGCACGGGAACCCAACAACAACACCGCCGGAACGACCAGCCUGCGCCACGUGGAAGGUGCAACAAAGGGGCAACAACCGCCAAAAGCGGACAAGCAGAGCUCAAGCAACGGCGGCACUGCCACCUACGAGAGGCUCACACAGACCCAUCUCGACCCAAAAGUGUUACCAAGGUCUAAAACGAGCACGCCACCAGCAAUGACCUAA